AUGACUGAAACUAAAGAAAAUGUUUUUUUGUUUGUUCCAAAUAUUAUAGGAUAUGCUCGAAUAAUUCUUGCCGUGUUAUCGUUUUAUUAUAUGCCUACUCAUUGUGCAUUAGCUGUUACCUGCUAUAUAGUAUCGGCUCUCCUUGAUGCGAUCGAUGGUCAUGCUGCACGGUACUUUAAUCAGAGUACUAAAUUCGGUGGUAUGUUGGAUCAACUUACUGAUAGGGCUGGUACAGCUGCUCUUAUGAUGACAUUGGCUACAUUUUAUCCUAAAUACACCUUUUGGUUUCAAAUAUCUAUGAUUAUUGAUAUCUCUUGCCAUUGGCUGUAUUUGCAUUCAUCAAUAUUGCAAGGAAAGACUUCCCACAAGUUCAUAGAUAUGUCGGAAAACCCUGUUAUGCAUUUAUACUACACUAACAAAACUAUUCUCUUCUUAAUGUGUGCUGGAAAUGAAGCAUUCUAUGCAGCAUUGUAUGUCAGCAAUUUCUACACCGGCUUUACAAUCUUGGGUCUGGGAAUUUUUCCUUUGAUUGCUAUCUUGUCAGCCCCUGUAGCUCUGGUAAAGACAUUAAUCUCUGUACUUCAUGGGAUUGUUGCAUCUAUUAACUUAGCUACCAUUGAUCUUCAAGAGAGAGCAGCUAUAUCCGCCAAACAAAUUAAUUAA